AUGUCGGCUCAAGCUGGUCCAGGACCAUCCAGUAUGGCGUCCACAUCAAUGGUACCCACUGGUGCUCGACUGAAAGUCAAGAAACGAGUGGUCAAUCUAGUAAAUCCCGCAGAUCCUCAAGAUUUUUCGGCACAGAGCAUAUCUCUUUCAGCCUCCUCUGAAACGUCGACGACCAUAGAGGAGCAAGAGGGAGAUCGAACUACCCCUCCAACCAUCCGAUAUACCGAAUCAACACAAACAUUCAACUUCACUCCUGGGGUCAGAGGUAUCCUCAGACCUACCGGUACGCCAGGAUCAGGUAACGGAGUCCGUUUCUUCCCCAAAAACAAGUUCAGAAUUAUCACUCCGAAUGCAUCUAUACAGCAACCAACACCAAAACCACCAGCAUCACCAACCAACUCCUUCUUCUCACAAUUAUUAGCAGUAACUAUCCCAUCCAUGUCACCUAGAAGAGCACCAGCGCCUCCCCCUAAUUUAACGAAGGCAGAUGAAAGUUGGGAAGUACCGGGGCAAGAGGGUGAAGUAUCCUUGAUAGCUUCUUCUGGUGGAGAUCGCACGGUUGAAUAUACAAACGAGGAAGAUGAUGAGGAACACGAAGUCGAUUGCAGUCUCAAAGAAGAUUCAUGGAAUGGUCAGCCUGAGAUUCAUUGUUCACCACUAUCAUUACCAAACGUUUCGAUUGAUGGCAGUGCCGGUAACAUCUCCAGAGAAGGCUUUGAAUUACCUUCAGUGGAUCUUCAACUGCCUUAUGAUACCUCAAAUCUUCUGUCCACAAAAUUCCAAUCCGAAGAUAAUGCAUCAUUUUCUCUUACCGAUCUACCGUCGACAUUAGCCCCUCCAAGAGAUCUGUCACCCAUCAAAGAAGUGGAACAGAACAGUCAAACUCAAGAUGAAUUCUGGGAUGUUCCUCAAACGAACAUGAAUAUUUCCGUAACAUCGGAAAACGAUUCUAUGGAUAUAUCAAAUCUUACCAUACGGCGACCAAUCCCAUCAAGCGAUAUGCUUGCUGCUCCGGAUCAACAUAUCAGUCCCACACCUAUAGGUAGACCGUAUAGUUCUUCGUCGAUAUUUGCUGAUAUGUCGGCGGAACAAGCUGAGCUUACUUGGCCUCUUACAAGAAGAGAUGAAGACGAGGAAUUAGAAUCCAAUUUCCCUUCACCAAUUCGAAAUUCACCUUCACACUCCACUACUCCCAGACUUGGUGGAGGAGGUGCAGGCGACGUAACUCAAUUUUUCGAUACCACAAUGACAAUGUCGAUGUCACUUUCACCACCUAAUGCGACUGUCGUUCUUCGUUCAUCCCCACAGAACAAAGACCUUAUCGUACCUACCAGAAAGCUUUUCGAAGCUCAUGCAGCUCAUACUCAAGCUCUAGGCUCGGAGCUCGAAUUGUAUCGAAAUUUAGCAUCAAAAUUGCAGAAAGAAGUAAUUGAAAGAGAUGAAGUACUGGCUAAACUCAAUGUACGAGCUUUAGAAGCUGAGGUACUACAUAAUCAAGUACACGACCUCAAACAGGAACUACUAUUGUUUAAAUCCAGGAAAGGUAUUUCGCCUUCCCCAUCACCCUCACCUUCUCCAUCCCUCAGGGCAGGACAAAAGAUCGACAGCAUAUCAGACAGGACCAUGGCUGCCCAAUCCGAGGCCAAAGAACUCGAAAUCAGAUUCGCUAAAGCUCUGGCUGAUUCCGAGGAGAUGUCUCGGCAACUCCUUGAAAUCACGAAACAGAAGGAAAGCGCCGAGGACGAUUUGAGAGAAGCUCAGUCAAAAAUUCGAGAUCAGGAGGACGAAGAAAGAGACCGAUUAGUCAAAGAGCAACACAGUAGCGAUGAGGUUUGCCAACUUCGAAAUGAACUGGAAUAUGCCCAUCACCGCAUUGAAGAGCUCAAUACAUCGAAGAAGGUCCCCGAAGAAGUCCAAACACUACAACAAGAACUUGACGAAGCUAAUCAGCACAUCGCGGAUCUCGAAUCUAGCGAAAAUGAAACUCACACACUUCGCGCAGAACUGAAUAGGGCUCACAAACAAUUAGAUGAUUAUGAAGCCAAGGAAACAGAGACAGAUAAUUUGCGGUUGGAACUCGACGAAGCUUAUGGACAGAUUGAAAAAGCACAUGAUCAGCUUCAAAUACUGAGAGAGAAGGAUGAGGAGAUUUCCGCUUUACGUGCUGAACUCCAAUCUGCCCACGAACAAUUGGACGAAUUUGAGUCAAGGAGAACCGACGAUUCUAAAGUCCAACAUGAAUUGGACAGUGCCAAUGCGAAAAUAGCUGACUUGAAAGUACACGUGAAAGACUUAACGGAAGUCAAAUUGGUUGAUGAGGAUGAGAUAGAGAGAUUGAUAAAUGAAAUUGACAAAUUGAAAGAUGGACGAAAGAGAGAAGAAGACACUAAAAAGAAACUGGAUGAGGUUGAAAGGAGAUUGAAUAUUGAGCUGAAUAGGAGAGAUGAGAUUUCUACUCGGUUAAAUGGAGAGAAGGAGAAGAUUAGGGAGCUUGAAAACGAUAUAGAAGAGUUGCAAAACGCCUUGCGAGAAUCGCAAGAUCAACUCAAGCUAUCCGACUCGCGGUCUCAUCGUACAUUGUCAAGUGACGCUUCGCUUCGAAACGAGAUCGCCAAAUUGAGGUCGGAAUCGGCAUCCAAAGACUUGGAGAUCCUGAAUCUACGAAAGAGAAAAGUAGAAUUAAAAGAGGAUAGAGAGAUGUUGAAUAUAGCUCUAGAUUCUAAACAACAGGAGCUAGAAUUGAUGAAACGUAAAUUUGCUGUCAAGGGAAUAGCAGGAUCGACGCCUUUAGGUACAUCGAGGAAGGUGAAUACUCAAGACUAUGCGGACGAUAUGUCAACACCAUUACCUGGUAGUGUUGCAGGCAAGUAUAGUGGAGUUCAAACUAGACGAAGGUCUUCUCUAGCUUUACAAACUCCAUUACCUAACGUGCCCCGACAUCCAAUUCAAACUCCAUUACCCAAUCAGAGACACGGUGUUCAACUUCACCCUUCUACAAAGAUUUCUUCUAGAGUAAUGAAGAUUGAUGAAGAGAAUCAAACCCCUAUAGGGAGUACAAGGAGGAGAGAAAGGAUGUUAGCGUAA